UCUGUUUCGACAAGUUUCUCUGUCUAAUAAUAAAAGAGCAAGAAGAAUAUGAACGAACCUGGCGGCGAAAUAGAUCCCCUGCUAUGGCACGCCUGUGCCGGACGAUUGGUUCAUGUGCCUCCGCUCAACGCUAAGGUGUUUUACUUCCCUCAGGGCCACGCCGAGCACGCUGGAACCAACGCCGAUUACAUAGCCGCAAACAGAGUUCCACCAAACAUUCACUGCCGAGUUAACGCCGUGGAGCACAAGGUGGAUUUAAAUACCGACGAGGUUUUCACCAAGAUUAGUCUCGUCCCGGUGCCUAUAGAGGAUCACGAUAACGACGCCAUCAGUGGUGACUGGAUUGACGACGUUUUGGGCGGGAUUGUGAAUUUAGAGAGACCUAUAUUUCUAUCUAAGGUGCUUACUCAAUCCGACGCAAACAAUGGCGGCGGUUUCUCGGUUCCUAAGAAACUGGCAGAGAUUAUUUUUCCGGCUUUAGAUUACCAUGAUGAUCCGCCUGUUCAGACUCUUCGAGCGAGGGAUUUUCAAGGCACGAUUUGGAGAUUUAGACAUGUCUAUAGGGGGAGGCCGCUGCGGCAUUUGUUGACAACAGGGUGGAGUAAAUUCGUAACUGCCAAGAGGCUGGUCGCCGGUGACUCGGCCGUAUUCUCGAGGGCUGAGAAUGGCGAAGUCUCUAUUGGAAUCAGGCGAGUGAAGAGGGAAAGUGUACGAAGAAUUAGGGCAGAAAGUGUUAUUGAAGCUGCAACUCUUGCGGCCCAAGGUAAGCCAUUCGAAGUGAGUUAUUACCCGAGUAAUGGUAGCACUGAAGAGUUCUGCGUUCGGGCCUCGGCUGUGUAUGCGGCGGUACAUGCGAUUAGGAGGAGUGAGUUGGGCCCUGGGAGAAGGUUCAAGAUGGGUAUUGAGAGUGUCAAUUCCUCUGGGGUGAGCUGGUACAUGGGAUCAGUUAACUCUGUUCGUGAUGCUGACUCAAGCCGCUGGCCUUGUUCUCUAUGGCGGCUUCUAGAGGUAACAUGGGAUGGGGAUGUGAAUUUUGUAAAGCGCAUAAACCCAUGGUUGGUGCAAGUGGCGAACCAAGCCAUCCAAACCAAUAUUGAGCAUAACCAUGAGGACACACAUGUUAAUAAUAACAGAGGAAACAACCACUUGCUUCUCUUUGGUAAACUCAUAGAGAUUGGACAAGGAAACUGUGUCUGUAAUGUCCAUCAAGUUACAACUUCACAACAUGAGAACGAAGACACAUACAGAUAUUCUUCUGAUGACUCUAGACCUUCUCCUCAGAAUUUGGAGAGCGACAACGAACUCAUAAUCCAGCUUUUUGGCCAACGCAUAUUUAAAAGGAGAUAA